AUGAAUGUUUCACGAUUGGCCGUACGUCCUGGCGUGCUUGCACGUAUCAAGGACCGCCAGCAAUCCUUUUUGCCAAUCCCCAAUUACCCCUCCUUGCGAGUCUAUGCGCUUCCUCCCGCAGCAUUUUCCACCUCUAGCUCUUUCCUCUGCACCAAUCACAAGAGUCCCAGCGAACACACAAGCGCAGAAACUAAAAAGACUCAAACAGACAAAUUCUCCGCUGGCCUGCGCAAGAACAAGGAAUGGGCCGCACAAACUGCUCGUGAGCACCCGGACCUCUUCCCGACCCUGGCGAACGGUCAAACUCCGCAGAUCUUGUGGUUGGGAUGCUCCGACUCGCGCUGUCCCGAGACUAGCAUGCUCGGCCUGCAACCUGGUGAUGUCUUCGUGCACCGCAACAUCGCCAACAUUAUCCACCCAGGCGAUCUCAGCUCUAGCGCCGUUAUCGAGUACGCCGUCGUGCACCUGCGUGUUAGUCACAUCGUCGUCUGCGGCCACACUUCCUGUGGUGGAGUUGCCGCCGCCAUGGGAAACAAGCAGCUUGGAAUCUUGGACCCGUGGCUCAUGCCUCUGCGCCAGGUUCGCGAGCGCAACUUGGCUAUUUUGCAGUCUUUACCUACUGAUGAGGCUGCGUUAAAGCUGGUCGAGUUGAACGUCCGUGAGGGUCUCAACAUUGUUAAGCAGAAGGGCGCUGUACUCAGCGCUAUCCAAGAGCGUGGACUGCAGGUUCACGGUCUUAUUUAUGACGUCGCUUCUGGUGUUCUAAGUCAGCUUGAUACUGAGGAUUCGGAGGAGGCUAUUAAGGCUCGUCUGACGGCUUUCAACAUUGAGCCUUGA